UAUGAAUAAAGAUUCAACUAGUCAAAAGUCUUCUAAAAAGACUCGACUUGUUAAAAAUAAUAUGGCAAUUUCACGUGAGCCUUCUAAUAUAUCAAUUAUGUCAAUUGAUAAUUAUGAAGAAAUUUUAAGAAUUGAGUGUGAAAAACUUAACAUUCAAAGAGAUAAAAAUAAUGAAUUGGGGAGAGAAGUUUUGUUGUGA